AUGUCUGAUAUCGUAUUGCCAGUCACUAAUAACGGUAGUAGCAACUCUUCCAAGACAGCCAAGUUGAGGCAACGAAUCGAAUUUAAUAAGUGGGACUCUGAAGCUUGGCAAUUAUUACUUCAAGAUGCCAUAGCAAAGGAUCAAAGUGGCAUCAUCCGCGAUACAUUUGAUGAAUUUCUGACUGUCUUUCCUACCUCGGCUCGCCAUUGGAUUCAAUACGUGGAAUACGAAACAAGACAAGACGAUCACGACAAGCUCCAAUCGCUCUUUGGACAAUGUCUACGAGCAGUCCCAAACGUUGACCUAUGCAAAACCUACAUCAACUAUGUCCGCAAAAUACACAUGCCCGCUCAUUUGGAGCCCGACAAACUGGCAUCGGCCAGAUCCGAAGUGAAGGAUGCUUUUGAAUUUGUACUUGCUCUUGUUGGUCAUGAUAAAGAUUCAGGUCCUGUAUGGAUGGAUUAUCUAGUCUUUGUCAAAUCUGGAGAGGCACCUACAUUGUAUGAGGAACAACAACGAAUGGAUGCUUUACGAAAGAUUUAUCAUCGUGCAUUGAUUGUGCCUCUGAAUAAUAUUGAAACUCUAUGGAAGGAUUACGAUGUCUUUGAAAACGGCUUGAACAAGUUGACUGCCAAAAAGCUGUUGGGUGACAAGGCGGCUGGUUACAUGACGGCGCGUACUGCUCAACGUGACUUGAAGAACAUGUUUGAUCCUAUCGAAAAGCUGCAAAAAGCAUACUUGCCCAGACCACCUGAAUGGAAUGACAAGGAUAUUACUCUCUUGCAAGCGUGGAAACGAGUGAUUGCUUGGGAAAAAUCGAACGCAUUGAAACUGGAAGACAAGGCUAUCUUACAUGCUCGCAUAUUGUACAGCUACAAGUGUGCUCUCUUGCCAUUAAGACAUUAUCCUGAAAUAUGGCAUGACGCAGCAAUGUAUCUGAUAGACAGUAACAAGUCAAGUGAAAGUGAAGAAAUGCUCAAGUCGGGGAUUGAAGCUAUACCUACUUCCUUACUCCUCAACUUUACAUUCGCCGAACUAGAAGAAUCCAAAAAACGAGAUCCAGCACCUCUCUUUGAAUCCCUCAUAACAACUCUCGAAUCCAACUUUGACGCAAUCACCAAGAAAUACGAUACCGAACGAGGAAAACUAGUCGAAGCAUUAACAAACAAGUUAUCAGCUGCCCAAGAAUCACGAGGCGUGUUGAUCGAAUUGGGAAGUGAAGGUAGAUUCUCGACACCCGAUGACCAAUGGGACGGUGAAGCGAGAGAAGUCGUUCGAGAUAAACAGCGAGAGGUGGAUAAACAAGUCCAAGCUCAAGUUGAAUCUCAACGUAAAAAAGAGUUUGAGACUACGAGAAGGAGCUUGACUCUUGUGUGGGUUGUGUAUAUGAGGGUUAUGAGGAGGUUGCAGGGUGUUCGUGGAGCUCGUGCCAUAUUUGCUCGUGGUCGUAAAACUAUGUAUAGCUCAUAUCAGUUGUUUGUUUCAUCCGCAUUAAUGGAAUACUAUAAUACCAAGGACGCUGGUGUAGCUGGUCGUAUCUUUGAAUUGGGUUACAAGACCCUGACAGAAAAGAAUGAUGUAGAUAUGGCUCACUUCAUUUCCCACUACUUGGAUUUCUUGAUACAAAUGAAUGACGAUAACAACACACGUGCAUUAUUUGAACGUGCAUUGUCAGUCAUACCGCCCGAACAAUCAACAGAAAUAUGGCAAAAAUUCCUUGAUUAUGAGAUUCGAUAUGGUGAUUUGACAAGUUUGCAAAAAGUCGCCAAGAGACGAGCUGAAGCCUUCCCAGAUGCAACGCCGUCAAAUACCUUGGAUCAAGUCGCAGAAAGAUGGUCUUACUUGGAUUUGAAUCAUGUUGGAGAGUCAGAACUAGGACUUGAUGCUCAAAAGGGCUUCACUUUAAAACCAUCACUACAACAACCCGACAAUAAUUUAUCAAAACUUCCCAUAUCACUACCAUCCAACUCUUCGAGUUCGGUAGUGGUACCAACGAGUUUGAUUGCAUCACCAGCAGCUGCAUCCCAAACUCGAAAGACUCUACAAUCCGUACACCCUGAACGAUAUGCACGACCUGAUUUCACGAAAUGGACUCCAUAUAAGGAAGUACCUAUACCUGGUAGUGCUGCAGCAAUAGCAGCUGCCGCAGCCGCUCAACAAGCAACGAUGCAAGCCUUAGCUCCGGAUAUUAGAAAAGUGCCAUUGGGACCAACUGUUGCUGUACCUGAGAGUAUUGGGAUUUUGUAUAAUCAGUUGCCAUCAGCUGCUACGUACAAUGGGCCAAUCAUACCUGUUGAAGCCAUGAUUGAAUUCUUGCAUAUUAUGAACGUACCACCUCCAAGUAUCCUACCAAACAUGGUACAGAUCUCUAUAUCUACAUUGCCUCCUGCUAUGGGACAAGGUCCAGGUAUUCCUAUGCAGCGACCUGCAUCUCUUCCACCAGCUAUGCCCAGACCUUCACCUCCUGCUUAUGCACCACGUCGUGGCGGUGGAUCAUCAUCAUCAUAUGGACGAGGAUAUUCAACGAAACGGCCAGGAGAUUAUGAAGAUGAUCGUAGUUCAUAUGGGAAACGUGGAAGACGUGACUUCUAA